CCGCCCGCCAUGAAGACAGAGACGGAGAUCCUGGCGCCGGAGCGCCCGGCCGGGCCCGGCGUCAGUCACCUGCUGAGUAGCCGGAAGCUGGUGGCCCUGGGGGCCGUACUCGGCUGGCUCCUGGUCAUCCACCUCCUGGUCAACGUGUGGCUUCUGUGCCUUCUGUCUGCGUUGCUGCUGGUGCUGGGAGGAUGGCUGGGCUCUGACGCCAUCGUGGGGGCUUCAGGGCGGCUGCACCUGGAGCGCCUCAUCCCAAUGGCCGUCUGCCCCCCAAACCCCGAGGCUGAGAGGCAGCUGGAGCAGGAGAUCGACCGCACCAUCCGGAUGAUCAUGCGGGACUUCGUGUCGUCCUGGUACCGCACGGUGAGCCAGGAGCCAGCCUUCGAGGAGGAGAUGGAGGCAGCCAUGCGAGGGCUGGUCCAGGAGCUCCGGAGGAGGAUGGCCAGGGUGGACAGCCAUGCUCUUGCCCAGAGGGUUCUGACUCUCUGCGGUUGUCACCUGCAGAGCUAUAUUCAGGCGAAGGAGGCCGCAGGGAAACAGAGUGGCCCAGGGGAGCCCUCCCAGCUCUGGGAGGCUUACUGCCGGGCCAGCGCUCCACACCCUGCAGUGCAGAGCCCCAGCGCUGAGGUCACCUACACACGUGGCAUCGUGAAUGUGUUGCUUCAAGGACUAGUACCGAAGCCGCACUUGGAGACCCGGACUGGCAGGCACAUAGUGGUGGAACUCAUUACUUGCAACGUCAUCUUACCACUGAUCAGCAAGCUCUCGGAUCCGGACUGGAUCCACCUUGUACUCGUGGGCAUCUUCUCCAAGGCCAGAACUAACCCAGCAGGAGUGGCUAAUCCACUCUGCCCAGCCAGUGCCCUGGAACAGCCCUCAGUGCCCACAUCUCUGCCGCUGAUUGUUGAGGUCCAGGGUCUCGCAGAAGCCCCUUCUCCAGCAGCAGCCCCAGUGCUCCUAAGCUGUAGUGAGCCAGACGGGCCUUCACACCCCUCCCCAGACGUUGAAGAAGGCCAUGAAGCGCUGGAGGGAGAUCUAGGGGGAGUGUUGGAGGAGAGAAAAGUCGAAAACAGCUCUUCUCAUUUCCUGCAGCCUCUGUUCUUGUCAGAAGAUGCAGAGCUGGAGUCCCCGGUGUCUGAACUGAGCAAAGAAACCAUCAUGCUCAUGACCUCAAGCCCCUUCCUCUCUGCCAGUAUUCAGGAUGCCCUGUGUGCCCUCGGGGGCUCCCAGCCUCUGGAGCCUAAGGAUGGCAAGGGACCCGAAGGAAUAGAAGGAACAGAAGCUGAGGAGGGUCCAGGAACAGAAACAGAGCCAGGCCUGCUUGCCUCCAUGCUGAAUUCCUGCCCAGAGAUCCAGAUUGACACAGCGGACAAGGAGGGAGAGCAGGGAAAUGAUGCCUGUCUCUCAACUUUGCUGCCCAGUCCAGAGAGGAUAUGCCCCCCACGCCCCUCGUGUUUAGAGAAGGAUCUCACCAAUGGUGGGAGCUCCCUGGACUCCAGUCUGCCACAGGUCCUGCUCUCCUCCUCUCCACCUGGACCCCUCAGCUCAGCCACCUUCAACUUCGAGUCCCUGGGCAGUCCAGACGGCCCUGUGGUCAUCCAGAACCUUCGCAUCACCGGCACCAUUACUGCUCGAGAGCACAGUGGCACCGGUUUCCACCCAUACACGCUCUACACGGUGAAGUAUGAGACGGCCCUCGACGGCGAGAGCAGCGGCGGCCUGCAGCAGGUGGCCUACCACACCGUGAACCGCCGCUACCGCGAGUUCCUGAACCUGCAGACCCGUCUGGAGGAGAAAUCGGAUCUCCGAAAGUUCAUCAAAAAUGUGAAGGGCCCUAAAAAGCUCUUUCCAGAUCUUCCGUUUGGAAACAUGGACAGUGACAGGGUGGAAGCCCGCAAGAGCCUCUUGGAAUCGUUUCUAAAGCAACUCUGUGCCAUUCCUGAGAUCGCGAACAGUGAGGAGAUGCAGGAGUUCCUUGCUCUCAACACAGAUGCUCGUAUUGCCUUUGUCAAGAAGCCGUUUGUGGUCUCCAGAAUAGACAAGAUGGUGGUGAGUGCUAUCGUGGACACGUUGAAGACCGCGUUCCCUCGCUCUGAGCCCCAGAGCCCUACAGAGGAGCUGAGUGAGGCUGAGACAGAAAAUAAGCCCCAGACAGAAGGCAAGAAGGUUUCCAAAUCCAGAUUGAGGUUCUCAUCCAGUAAAAUUGCUCCAGCACUGAAUAUAACUGAGGCACACGAGAAGGUUCUCUACUGUCUCCAGGACAGCGGUGUGGAGUCAGAGACCCUCUCCGUGUCUGGGAUGGAAUCCUUUAUUGAAAAACAGGCAAAGUUACUAGAAGCUCAGCCAGCAGAUGCUCCUGGAAGAGAUUCUGAACAGACUGCUGAGGGGUGUGUGGACGGUCGCGUGUCAGAUGCUGCUGCUCCAGCCCAAGGCCUCAGCAGCAGUGAUCCAGGAACAGAGACCGAGUUGGCUGACACAGCCCUGGACCUGCUUGUCUUGCUGCUCAUGGAACAGUGGCGAUGGCUGUGUACAGAGAGCGUGCAGAAGGUUCUUCAUCUUGUCUUCGGGACCCUAAUCCAGAGGUGGCUGGAGGUACAGGUGGCUCAUCUGACGUGUCCACAGCGCUGGGUGCAAUACCUCCGGCUCCUCCAGGAGUCCAUCUGGCCAGGCGGGGCUUUGCCCAAGUGUCCUCGGCCUGUGAGGACCCCGGAGCAGAAGGCAGCAGCUGAGAAACAGGCUCUGCAGAGCCUGAUGGGUGUCCUGCCAGAUGUCAUCGUAGAAAUCCUUGGGGAGAACAAAUGCCGGCUGAGCUGGAGUCUGGUCUUGGAGUCGCUGCAGCAGCCCCUGAUCAACAGGCAUUUGAUUUACUGCCUCUGGGACAUCAUCCUGGAAUUGUUGGAGCUCAGUGCCUCUGCCGAGGAGUCUGCCGCAACCAGCUCCACCGCAGACACCCCAGGAAGACGGGCAUCUCCCCUUAGCCAGAGGCCAUUGUCCCGUUUCUUCGAGGGUUAGGAAGGGCGGAUCACUCUGCCACCCAGAGACAAGCAGAAGACCAUACCCUCUGGAACAGGGCCACACUCAGAAGGCCUGGGGUCUCAGCAACAACGUCCCCCCUCCCCCCCGCCACACACACACACACACACACACACACACACACACACACACACACUUGGUCUGUAGCAGGCAGUGGGCGUAUGUGCGCCAUUGCACGCACAUCCAUUUCCAUGCCUCCUUGUGUGUGGACUGUUGCUGGUGGGGGGAUCCUGGUUCCUCAGGAAAUGGGAGCCAUGGGGGAGAUGAAUGAGCCCCCCAGCUUGCCCUCCUCCCUGACACUGUUUGCCGGUAGCCUGGCCUGUGCACACGUGCACCUGAACCCCCCCGCCCCCCCCAUGCAGGCUCCAGGGAGACCGGGAAAAGCACCACAGCUGGGUUUUCUUGGAGGAGAAGACAGUCUUCUGAGUUCUCUCUUCCACCAGGAAACAAUCCAUCCAGGAGUACUCUUGAAAGCCAAAGCGCUGGUCUCUUGAGCGUCCCCACAGCCCACAGAGGGAGCCGCUUCUCAGGGCUCUCCACGCUCACCGGUGUUGCCCAGCACCCUGGCCUGCAGAGGACGUGACUUCGGCUGCUGCCCGAGGAAGCUGCUUCCCUGAAUGGCAGACUGCCAAAGCUCCGGGGGGCCCACCCCACCCCUCCACCCUUUCCUGAGAGAGGGCUGCACUGCAGGCUGUACCAGCCCCUCCCCAAGAGCAAGUGCAUGCUGGCGUCUGCGGCCUUCCCUGUCUGCCUUCACCCACCCAGCACAGCAGGUCACUCCGCCGUGACGAGUGAAGAACAGGACCUGCACUAGCCUGGAACAUUCCUGCUUCUCCUGUCACCCUCCCGCCUCUGACCGUUCAUUCCCAGCUUCCACUCUCCUUUGCUUAUGGAGCCCGACAGCAGAUGUUAGGUCCUGGGCAGAGUAAAAACGUGUGUCAACGUGG